AUGGAUGACAUACCAACCUCGAUCCCACUGAGCGACACUCCGAGCUUGACUGAUUCAGAGUUGCGACGUCUACUGCCCCCGGAUACAGACAUUGCAGAAGCCAAAUCAGCAUGCGCGACUGGAAGCCUGUACACCGCGAAGGGGGCCGUGGAACGUCUGACCAGCGAAGGUGUACCGGUCGUUAACCUUCGAGGCUGUCUCCUCGAGGGCAUCAGAUCCAGAGACGAAGCCGUGGUCGAGAUGCUGCUAUCCAAAGGUGUCCCCAUCAAACAUGUUCGCCGUGGAGCUAGCGGUACGACAGAAGUCUACCGAGAUCUUGUCUUUGCUACUGCAAUAUGGAUGGGACAUCAACAGGGAGAUGGAGUGGUGUUCUCGGUCUCUGCUCGGAUGGACAUCACUCCUCUCUCCAACGCCGUCCUCAAAGCGCCACUCCCGGUGAUCGAGCUCCUGUUCGCACAUUCUAACCCACCCUACCGCGGAGAGCUGCUCCAUAACGCAGCAAUGCGCACCACGGGCGAUGCCGAAGAGGUCGUUCGAAUGGUGCUUGAACGCUGCCAACUGGACAUCAAUCACAUUGUGUACGAAGGUGACGUCUUUUCGUACGAGGUGUGGAAAGUCUCUGGCCUGGGUACUGCCCUUCACGAGGCCGCCAAAAUUGGGAAUGCGAGCGUGGUGCAGUUGCUGCUGGCCAGUGGUGCUGACGUCUCGAUUCGCGACUCGUGUGGACGGACGGCUCUUGAGGUUGCUGAGCUGUUCGGACACCAUUCCAUCGUCGAGAUGUUGCGAGGCAGUGAAUGUUGA